AUGGAGACGAUGGCUCGAAACUACGGCUCAGCCUUGUAUCGGCUUUAUGCCAAGCUCGAGGAAAAGACCGUCGCUCCCGAAAGCACCAAUCCUCUAACCAAAAUCUCGGCGACAGAAGCGGCUAGAAGAAUUCGAGAAGGCGAAUUGUCAUCAUAUGAGCUGGUCAAGUGCUAUCUGGACAGAAUAAAACAUGUUAACUUGUAUGUGAAUGCUGUGGUUGAGACUUUCGAUGUGGAGGCGUUGGAAGAGGCAAAGAAAGUCGAUGAGUACAUCAAGAAUAUCGACAAGAGUUCGUUGGAGUAUAAAACAGUGAGUAGUUUUGCUGGGUUUGAAAUCAUCCGUCUAAAUUUCCAGCUAGCCGAGAAGAAGCCGCUGCUUGGAAUCCCUAUCUCGAUCAAGUGCGCAUUCGAGGUGAAGGGCCACAGGAAUGUCUCUGGUGCUUACUUUAGAAGAGAUAUUCCAUUGUGUACCGAAGAUGCAGUUACUGUUCAACGGUAAGCUCAAGAUCUUUUUAAAACCUUGUCAUCUCCUCUAUUCAUAAUCCAAACUCCAUUCAUCCUCAUUUUCUUGCAGAAUUCGAGCAGCCGGCGGUAUUCCCCAUUGCUACAGCAAUGUUCCUGACAGUUGCUUGUGGAUCGAAAGUUCCAAUAAGACUUAUGGCACCACCUCUUCUCCCUAUGAUACCAGAACAACUUGUGGUGGAUCUUCUGGCGGGGAGGGUUCCGUCAUUGCAUCCGAAGGAUCCCUUCUUGGGAUUGGCUCGGAUUUGGCCGGAUCUGUGCGAAUACCGUGCAUUUUGAAUGGAGUUUUUGGAUUGAAGCCGGUGAAUGACAUUCCCAUGGAGGGCCACUGGCCAGAUUGCGCGGGCGAUGAGUUGCGACAAAUGGCCGUGAUUGGCCCUCUGGCCAGAUAUGCCGAGGAUAUCGCGACUUUUUAUAGUGUAGGCUAUUUUAAGCGGCAUGACAUAUAUUUCAUUAUAAGAACGUAAUAUGUAUUUAUUUCAUAUGACAUUUUCAGGUCCUCUCCGCAACCCCGAUCCCAAGUGAUUUCAUUGACUUAAAGCCAAGCAAGGUUCUUUAUACUCUCCCCCAAUUCAAGAGCGUUCUUCCAUUGUCAGCGUCAACGCAGGGAGCCGUAUUUAGAGUUGCAGAAUUCUUGACUCAUGAAUACAAUGUUCCCACUGCAGAAUUUGAAUUGGAAGAGGAGCAGAAAAUCUUUGAAUGGUAUGGAAAUGAAGUAUGCAAACCCGGAGCUCCGACUAUGGCUGGGGCUGUUGUUCCGGUAAGUUAAUGAAAGGGCAAAGACAUGCGUAGAGAUAAAAAAUGCUCUCCAAAGGAUUAGGUUCAAACAGUAGCGAAAUUUUGAUAAGCAUUGAAAAAAUUGUAGUUUAAUUCUUUGAUUGCGGCGUCUGAUGAAGACCGCAACCUUUUUUUUAAGUUGACGAAAUGGCCAUUUAAGGAAAAAAUCAAAUCUAACUGUCAAAUCUGCAGAUUUGAAUUUCUUUUGAAAAAAUUUAAAGACGCAAAAAUGAUUUAUCGACGUAUUCCUUCAGACCGCCGACGACUCCAGUUUUGGCUUUGAGCGUCUCAAGGCAUUCCUUGGAGUCAGCAAAGCUUCCGCUGGAGUAACCCUCGUCACCAACAUCUUUGGGGAAUUCCGCCCUCCAAAAGUGUAUCAGCGCCUUCACGAAGAGCUCCUGGAAUACCGUCAAAGUCUCAACGAACUCCUCAAAGACAAUGUUGUCCUUGUGGCUCCAGCUUUCCCCAAGACUCACUACUUCCAUAACGAGCUUUUGUUUACUCUGUAUGACUUCUUCUACACAGCUCUAUGGAAUACCAUGGCUCUUCCAGCGGCUGUAGUCCCAAUAGGAUUGGAUAACGAGGGAUAUCCAAUCACUGUUCAGCUGAUUGCUGCCAAAGGAAACAAUUAUUUAUUGAUGAGACUGCAACAAGUUUUGGAGACGAAAUUUGGUGGGUGGAAGCCACCAAAGAGAGUGUAAAUAUAUAAAUUUAAAAUUUGAAAUGCUUACAAUUUUGUAAAUUGUAUAUAUGCUUGAGCUCAAUAAAUAGAUUGACUAGUAUAUUUAAAACUCUUUGCAAGCAAAAAAAUCCAAACCGCGUAACUUUUUGAAGUAAAAAAUUGUUCAUAACACAUCAAAAUAAUCAAGGCACCCUUUUCUAGCUAUGUGAGAAUCAGGAAGCAAAUAUUUUUUUGAUGUUUCAUUUUUUUAAUAAUGAGGGAUUUUUGCCCUUUUAGUACAAGAAAGAAAAAUAUUAUCAGUCGCGGCUAACCGUCAAAAAAUCAUCCAUAAAACAGAACAUGUAAAAAAUGAACCCGGAACAAAUUGAAAUUUCAGGUCAGGUAGUAAAAAAUCCUACAAAUUUUAAUGCGAUAAAAUUCUGAUUUUUCGCUAAAUUUAGUCAAAAAAUUCAUUAACCCUUAACAAAGAUAAACAACACAACUUUUGAGCAACAUGACUUGUCAACCUCACUCGUCAAUCAAAAACACACUAAUCCCUGAUUACAAAGGUUGUCAAGAAAUAAGCCUUUAAAAACUUUUUGCUUUUUACAUAUCAUUACAAACGUACGGGGUCAGCUAAUGCAAGUUUGGUCUGAGCUUGAAGGAAAAGUAAGUUUAUGGCCCAUAAUAAAAGGUCGGUUGGUCUUGAGUAAAAAAUUUAUAAGUCAUCAAAAUCUGCACUUGAGUUUUUGAACUUCCUUCGAAACGAAAUGUUCAAAGCGACUUUUCGAGUUUUAAAAAAUUAUUUUUCCGGUUGAUUAUCGCUAUUGUUGCAUCCUUGAUUUAAAAAAAUUAUAGCAUCACUACUAAAAGUGCCUUUGGUAAGUGAAGAAAAUACGUAGACUACCCUGGCUUUAGCCUACGGUACCUUAAUUUAAACAUUUGUAUUUUUUAGAGCUGUCAAGCACCACAAUCAUCAUUGCCAAUGGCCAGAUUUCUCCAACGUGGCCUUGGCGCCUUGUACAGAAGAUACGCUGAAUGUGAGGAGCGUUCGAUAGUCCCAAAAAGCGAUGACCCCUUGACGAAAUUGUCAGUUAAACAAGCGGCCAAGGAGAUUCGAGAGGGGAAAUUGUCAUCAUCCGACCUGGUCAGAGCCUAUUACCGACGGCUGAAACAUGUCAAUUUGUACAUCAACGCGGUGACCGAAACCUUUGAAGGGGAGGCGUUGGAAGAAGCGAGGAAAGUGGAUGAUUACAUCAGAAAUUUGGACAAGAAUUCAGAGGAAUUCAAAAAUGUGAGCGUUUCAGAGAGUAGCUCUGUUAAACGGUCCUUAGUGUAGAAGGUGUGGAUGUUUCUAAGCUGAAAAGCUGAAAAUUCUUUUUUUUCAGCUUCCGUCAACCAAGCCACUUCUGGGAAUCCCCGUUUCCAUCAAGUCAGCCUUUCAAGUGAAGGGUCAUCGAAAUAUCUCUGGUCUACCUCAUCGACGAGACAUUCCAUUAUGUGCUGAAGAUGCCCCGGCAGUUCAGAGGUGGGUUCUAGACUUUUGUACAUAAUAGCGAUAUAGCGGAUCUAAUUUAAUUUAAAAAUGCCGCAACUUUAGAGGAUUUUUGGUUGUAGUUUAAUAAGCUUUAACAUCGCGCCGCAUUGUCACAAUUCCAGAAUUCGGUCGGCUGGUGGAAUUCCUUAUUGCUACACAAAUGUCCCCGACGGAUGUCUGUGGAUCGAGUCGUCAAAUAAAAUCCAUGGCACCACUUCAUCUCCUUAUGACAACCGGACAACAAGUGGAGGGUCUUCCGGCGGCGAAGGGGCUCUAAUUUCGGCUGAAGGAUCCGUAAUUGGGAUUGGAUCGGAUUUGGCGGGAUCUAUUCGAAUCCCAGCAUUAUUCAAUGGAAUUUUUGGGCUGAAACCGGUGAAUGACAUUCCCAUUGAAGGGCAUUAUCCAUCAGUGGAAACUGAUGAGAUGAAGAUCAUGGCUUCAAUUGGGCCACUGGCCAGGUAUGCCGAAGACUUGACUGUUCUGUACAGUGUGAGUUUACGCUUUUUUUAUAAGCUUAUUUAUCAGUUUUUUAGGUCCUGUCAGCCACUCCAAUUCCCUCAAAUUUCGAGUUGAUAAAGCCCACCAAAGUCCUGCAAUAUUUUCCCCCAGUUGGAGUGAUUCAUCCAUUAGAUGAUGAUGUGAAAAAUGCUGUCCCUAGAGUCGUAAAUGCUCUAACACAUCAAUUUGGGGUCAAAAGUGAGGAUUUUGAGUUGCCGACAAUUGAAAAAAUCGUGGAGUGGUAUGUAAACGAAGUAAGGGAUCCAUCGAGACCAGCUUUCAAAGGGACGGUAAAUCCGGUAAGUGCGAGGACGGGGAAAUGCAAAUUCCUUGGCUUAUUGCAAGGCCUGGAAAAUUUUAGCGAAAGGCCAUAAAAAAAUUCACAAAAAAACUCUAAUCCUCGCCUUUCAGAACCCCUCCGAUUUUGAAGGAUUUACCGGCACGCUGAAGCUUUUAUUUGGACUCAGCAAGUCCACAUUUGGCUCAGUUUACGGCGAGAAAGUCCUGACCACUCCCAAUGACCACAAGACAUACAAUAAGUUACACAACGAGCUCCUCGAAUACCGUCAGAAACUGAAUAAUAUCCUGAAAGACGAUGUGAUUCUGGUAGCGCCAAGUCUUCCGCUGACCCACUUCUUCCACAACGAGUUGAUUAUCCGCCAAACCGAUUGGAUUUCGACUGCAAUGUUCAGUGUUUUGGGAGUUCCGGUGGCUACAGUACCCUUGGGAUUGGAUAGUAAUGGAUAUCCGGUUGGAGUUCAGCUGGUCACCGCAAGGGGCAACAAUUACUUGCUGUUGCGGAUGCAAGAAGUGUUGGAGAAAACUUUUGGAGGCUGGAGGCCGGCCGAGAGACAUUAG